CAAGCGCUGUCUGUGGAUUCCCAGUGCUGUAACUACUGAGCCAUUUAAGACUUGUUUCCUCCAUUUUCCGCCCACUCGCUAAAACAACCAGGGGGAGGGCUGGGGGUCACUUACUGUAUCUCACCCGACCGACAAUAAGUUAAGACCCUCCGGGGGUACAUGAGAGGAUGACACCCUGCAUGAGGAGCUGUCAGUCACUGCAAUCCUGAACUAAAGAAGGGAAAGGAAGAUCACCAGAAGAAAUUGGUAUUUGGCUGCAACCGAGAGAAAGUAUCUGAUGAUGGCAUCUCAGAUCCCAGCACUCCCCCAGUCCUACUCUCCGGGCACCUCCAGCGUCUUCUCUGACCAGUCUGGCUUCUACUCACUGGACUCCAACGUUCCGGGUCUGUCCAAGGUGAUCCUAAACAAGCUCAACUUGAACGACUAUGGACAGUACAGGGCUGCCCUGGAGGGAAAAACCAAAGGUAUCACCUUCCGUAACUACAAGGAGAUGUUCCAGAAGAUGGAGGAGACCUUCAAAUUCUGCACUGGCUGCAACAAACUUCCAGGACACAUCGGCGAGAGGAACAUGCUGAGGCGCUGUGUCAAGUGUUUGAACGUGUACUACUGCUCCAAGGAUUGUCAGGUCAAGAACUGGCCUCAGCAUAAAAAGUUCUGCAAGACGUUGCGCCUGGUGGCCAUCGACAGGCUGGUGGAGUGGCUGAUGUUCACUGGAGACCUUCCACUUUCUACCGAGAAGUGGUCCAAGCCAGUUGCCGAGGUAAAGACCUGGCAGGACUGGCUUGCCCUGCAGGAGGACCACCUCACGCACCGUCUGGACGCCAUCCUGACCUGCGCCAACAUGGAGCUCCUGUGGAAGAACGCCAGCAGGCCCAGGCCGGACGACGGCGACCUGCGUCAGUCCGCGUGGCGCGUACAGAGCGAGUUCCUCUCCCGCGUGCUCGCGGUGGGCUCGGCCGCGCGGCACUACGAGCUGGACCCUCACGCCAAACCGCUCACUAUCCACAUAGCGGGAGCAUCGCAUAAUGAGACCAUGGGAGCCAGGUUGACGGACUACGACGAGCUCAGCAACAUGUUCCCGGGACACCAGGGCAUCGAGGUGGUCAUGGUUGGGCCGGAGGUGGUCGCCGGCCCCAUCAUGAGGCCCCCUCUCUCGGCCUUUGGGCCCAAGAAGAGGGUCUACAUCAGCGCCUACAAGGGCCUCUACCAUCAGUUCUGGGAGGAAGUGGUUGAGAAAGAGGAAGCAGCCAAACCAGACUUGGUAGUCGCCUUUCAUCCUGGUUUCCAUGCCACCCAGGGUCUGGUGGAGGGGUGGCUACCCAGCCUUCUGCUGCUCCGAGACUACAACAUCCCGUCCUACUUCACAGUGUACAGCGACAUGGAGCUCAAGCACUCGCUGCAAAUCCUCCUGGAGUUGGAGAUGAACAUCAGGGACAGUGGGGCCAAUCCGUUCGCGUCGCAGAAGCCAGAGCAGGUGCAGGCCUGCCCCAACAAGCCUGCAGUGUACUGUAACUCUCACUACAUCGCUUUCCAAGGACUGAUGCCACGGGAAGACUUUAAGGAGGCCGACUGAAGGAUCACAGUUUAUUUGGAGAAGGAUCUUUUACAGAGGACAGGAAACUUUUAGAGACAGACAAUAUUUUUUGGCAUGUUUUCAAAGGGCAUUUUAUGGAAAAAUGACAUUCUUUUUGAAUCAAUAAUAUGCAAAUAGUUGGGUUUCUGGAGUGCCUGCCUCGCAAUCAAGUGUGAAAUUAAACAAUCAAGUAAAUCUUUUGUUUUCUGUUAAUUAGCCAGCGGUGGCGUCAUUCUGGGUGCGAAUGAGCACAGACCUCAGAUAGUAAAGCACGUUUCUUAGGUACAGUUCAUUUGUAUGGAAGUUUUAAAUACAAUUUAUUUGCCUUUUAUCUUUUAGAACUGUUUCUUUUCAAUCAUUUAUUCAGGUACAAUUUGUAUUUAACUUCAAUGUGCAAUACAAUUUAAUUGAACCAUUUAUCUCGGACAUUUUUUUUU